GGUGGAGAGGCGAAGUUGUUGAAGUAUUUCAUGGACUGCAGACAAACCAAACUUGUCGGUUUCUACUUACAACAAUGUCGGCAUGUUGAGUUUGUUUAAGAGGCGGUGUAGCAACAACGGAGGUCGCCGCAGUUCAGGGGUUUUCACGAUGGCCGAGGUGAAAACUUAAGGAACAAAGUUUGUACGAGGAGCUGGAGUUUUCCUCCGAGGAUCUAACUUGCCUUGUUUACACUUGUUUACACAAAAAAAUCAACAAAGGCGAUGGCAGACGGUAGCUGUGUCCUGGUCUGGGCUGUUGCUUUCAGUUUAUGUGUCGGAGUGUCCAAAUGUUACUACACUAUUCCGCUUAAAAUCUACACGGGGAGGUUCAACUCCUCCACGGACUUGGAUUUGACUUCCCUGCAGCAAACUCCAGGUGGGAAUGUGCUCUCCUUGGCCUCUGAUCCCGCUGGCCAAGUGAACUUUUUGGACAUGGUCGGUAACCUGCUGGGUGACUCUGGAAGAGGCUAUUACAUGGAAAUGUCGAUUGGUACUCCUGGACAAAAGCUGAACAUCCUGGUGGAUACAGGCAGCAGUAACUUUGCCGUGGCAGCGGCUCCACACACCUUCAUUACUCACUACUUCAACACUGAGCUCUCCAGCACGUACCAGUCAGCUGGGCGGGCCGUGGCUGUCAGGUACACCCAGGGCAACUGGGAGGGAGAGCUGGGCACCGACCGCAUCUCCAUCCCCAAAGGCCCCAACGGGACCAUCACCAUCAACAUCGCCGCCAUCCUGUCAUCCGACGGCUUCUUCCUCCCCGGGGUCAACUGGCAGGGCAUCCUGGGACUGGCCUAUCCCAUGUUGGCUCGGCCCGACUCAACAGUGGAGCCGUUCUUCAACUCCAUGGUGCGUCAGCUAGGGAUUCCUGAUGUGUUUUCCCUCCAAAUGUGCGGAGCUGGACUCUCAGCCAGCAACACGGCAGACCCUGCGGGCGGCAGUCUUAUUAUGGGAGGGGCUGAGCCAACUCUGUAUCAGGGGCCGAUGUGGUACACCCCCAUAAAAGAGGAAUGGUACUACCAAGUGGAGGUUUUGAAGCUGGAGGUUGGCGAACAGAACCUGAACCUGGACUGCAGGGAGUAUAACAUGGAUAAAGCCAUAGUUGACAGUGGGACGACACUGCUGCGACUCCCUGUCAACGUCUUCAAUGCAGUGGUGGAGGCCAUCACACACACCUCUCUGAUCCAGGAUUUUUCUUCUGGCUUCUGGGCUGGGACCAAGCUGGCAUGCUGGAUGAAGGGAGAGACCCCCUGGAGGUUUUUCCCCAAGCUGUCCAUCUAUCUGAGGGCUACCAACACCAGCCAGUCCUUCCGCAUCACCAUCCUCCCUCAGCUGUACAUCCAGGCGAUCACAGAUGUGGACGGCACAUUGGACUGCUUCCGUUUCGGAGUGUCCUCGUCUGCUAACGGCCUGGUGAUUGGCGCUACUGUCAUGGAGGGGUUCUACGUGGUAUUUGACCGCGCACAGCGGAGGGUGGGCUUCGCCCUCAGCACCUGUGCAGUUAGCGGUGGUGUGGCAGUGUCGGAGAUCGCCGGACCCUUUUCGGCGGCAGAUGUGGCUGCAGACUGCUCGGGCGGGGCGCUGAAGGAGCCUCUCCUGUGGGUGAUCUCCUACACCCUGAUGGCCGUCUGCGCGCUGGUCCUCCUCAUCCUGCUGCUGCUGCUGGUCCUGCCCUGCAGACGCCGGCACCACUCCGGGGAGAUCACCGACGAGUCCUCACUGGUUCGCCACCGCAUCAAGUGACUGAGACGGGACAGGCGGGCAAACGGGCCGAGCGGGCGGGGGGCCAGCAGCUCUGGCUGCACGGACCAGUGAUGCUUGGGUGCAAACAUCUGACAUACUCUAGACUGCACUCUGCAGCUUGGCCCAGGGAGGUAGAGGUAAACAGAUCAGCCACCCGUUAAAGGGAAAAUCCACCCUAAAACACUUCAACACUGUAAAAAAACAAGUUAUUGGUGGUGCACGCUGCAUUUCUGGGUCUUUAUUUUUCUCCUUGGUGGUGUGUUUCUCUUAUUCUUCUGGAUAACUGGCCAAAAGCAGAUGACACUGUAGUAGAGCAAGGGGACCAGUGUCUUCAUCAUCAGUAGCCUCAAUAGUCCAUAAUGAAUGGACUACAAGAUGUGUGCAUCUGUUAUUGUGCCAAAACUUGCUCUCUUGCUCUCAUUUUGCCAUCACUAUUGCUCUCUUCAGCCAUAUGCAACAAAUUCAGGCAUAUUGUGUGGCAGAUAUUGAAAGGUAUUAUGAAAAAUGCAGGGAUUCAUGAACUGAGGAAGAAACAGAUGAAGCAGGAUGGGGGAACACUGGUACGCCCAACAGUCACAAAAUCACAGAAUAACUCCUGGAAUGCACUGAACGUUACAUACUGAUAAUAUUACAGGAGUUUCUGGUGGUGGAAUUUUCCCUUAAAGACAAUCACAGGAUGGUAGCUGGGAGAGAACAGGACAUAUAGCAGCUGUGGCCAACUCUAAUAGAUGACAAGGAGAAACCGCUUAUGGUGGAUUCCUAAGCAGUUCAAAUGUUACUGAUUUCCUUCACCGACAAACGCAUAGUGCCUUAUCCAUUUUUUUGGUGCACAACAGGUAAAAUUCUCAAGAUGUGGCCCUACAGGGCUACAACCAACUGCAUCUUUAUAGCUUUUCUGUUAAGUGGAAUAACAAACCUCCUAAAGCCAAUUAUGAGUCAAGUGAAGGAUUGUUUCCAGUGCCUUGUUAUAAUUUGGUUUUAACCUGCAGCCUGCCGUUGAGUUGAACUACUAGCUGUGUACUUUAUAUUCAGUGCAAGGGUGAACGCCUGUCAAGUAAAUACUAUUAAAACUUACAAUAUUAGAGGUUACGCACAUGUUUACAGUGCCUGUAGUGCCUUUAAGUCUCAGCUCUCUGCUAAUAUGUACAAAUCUGUCAGCAGUUUGAGACUUAGUGCUGCUGAAUUGCACUUUGUUUUUAAAGUCGAUCAAAAGUGUAAUAUACAGAGAAAUAUCAAUAUUACUCCAUCUAUGGGAGUGAAAUAAUUCAAAGUCAUGUCGUUUAUGCAAUUUGUUGUAUUUAUGUGAUUUUAAUAAUACUGUAAACAUACAAUGUGAUAUUUAAAUCUGUUUGAAUGUGAUUGUAUGCUAUUAUUCCAAAACUGUGCUCUUCAGACAGUAUGACAGUAGAUUUGUAAGGGCACAUAUUUAUACUGUACAUUUUAUGUAAAUCAGAAACUGAAUUAGAAACCAAAGGACUUUUGAUAAUUGACAUAUAAUGGAUAUAAAUGGGCCAUAUGGACACUAGUGGAGUUCAGUUAACUUCCCAGCUAAGACGACUGUUCUUUGUACCCAUUACCAUUAUGAAGUUACUAAUGUUUACCAUUUUACUUGACAGCAGUGCUAAAUGUGUAAAGAUGAUGUGGAUUGGCUGGGUGUCCACAAGUCGGGGACAAGUAUACGCCCUUCCUCUCUGUCCCGCCUCUCCCCGUGUGUCUGCACUAGCCAAGAUAAGUAGAAAAAACAGGCCAGCGAUCACACCACAGCUCGGACUGUGCCGUACAAUCAAACUGAGACUUGUGUUGUUUCUCCUGGACAUGUUUAAUCGUACGGUCAGAGAAUCACUCUUGUGUAAUAUGACACCAAAAUUUAAAGUUGUUAAAAGUUGUUUAAUUCCAGGUAGAACUGGAUCAUUGAAUGUUUGGUGUUUUCAAAAUAUGUAUUUUUCUGUGCCAAAAUUGUGAUUGUGCUGUAAAUAAAAGAACUGAAGUGACCUGAUCAAAGAAAAAAUAUACUCUUUUAGCCUCAGGAUAUUUUUUUCUUGU